CAUCUAAGAGAUAACACCGUAGAAAUGGCCUGAGGUCCCCCGAAACUCCCAUCAGAAACGCUCGUCAAUCGCAACUGGUUCGUCCGUCGUCGCGUACCGAAUCUUCCACCGUCCCCCGCGCGCGCCGCCGCCGCCUCCGCCGACGACGAUGGGUCUCUGGGACGCCAUGUACCGCGUGGUCAUGCGCCGUAACGGCGUGUACGUCACCUUCGUCGUCGCCGGCGCCUUCGCUGGCGAGCGGCUGGUGGACUACGGCGUCAACAGGGUCUGGGAGAUGAACAACGUCGGGAAACGGUAUCAAGACAUAUCAGUUCUGGGGCAAAGGCCGGUUGAGGAGUGAAGACACUGAAGCCCGAACUUCCCGUGGUCUUUGAAGUGAAAUUAGUCUCCUUAUAAAGCUCCAUGUUUUGGCAUUUUCCUUCGGCACAAUAAUAUUGUAAAACUCUCUUGCUGGGUGUUAUUCACCCCCUUUGAGCACUAUGGCACCAACCUGUUCCACAGCAAAGUGAUUGCUAUUUCUGGUCGCUCUGGAACCUGUUCAAUACUAUCCAAAUUAUGAAUUGGACUUCUUUCUAAUGUCUUAUAUGUAAUUGCCAUGUUGUUGCUCAUCUCUUUUGGACAAGCUAAUGAAGAUUUGGGUGGUAUAUA